UCGCGUUUGCGAUGUUUCACCUAACACAGUCAGAAACACCCUAUUAUAUUAUCAGUUAACGUAAAGCGAGCAGGAUAGCGUGAUGCAGGUAGAAAUAACUACAUAAAUUUCAAUUCUUAACCGGAAUACCGGGAUAUGCUCUUAUUUAUUGGUUUUUGUUAUAGACAUUAUUUUGUAUGAUAUAUUGUGCAGCAAUCUAUUGCAGGAUUAAUAACUUACCUAGCGCAAAACCUUUCUACCAUCAACUAACGGAUCUUCUUGCAACAAGUUAAUAGUGGUGUUUAAAGUUUAGGUCAAUAUUAAGUGAUAAAACGUUGCAAUGGUUUAAAAUCACAGUAUAAUAAAUAUUGCAAAAACUUAACUAAUGUUUUUCGCCGGACAAGACAUGUUUUAUUCAUCAAGUUUUAUAUAAAUGUACGAGAAUGAGACUAUCAAGAAGAGAGCUAUGCAUUUUGUUUUCUGUUGUGUUUGGUAUCGUUAUACCUUUUAUGCUGUAUAAGUAUACAAUUUGUACGGAAAUAAAAACAUCAAAAACAUCACUUCAAACAGAAUUAUCUAAUAGUAUGUUUAAAUUAUACAAUUCUUACAAAAUUAGACUGUUUCACUACCAGACAACUGUAAGAUGUAAUGAUACUUUAUUAGCUGCUGACCCGUUUCGCUCUGCUGUAUAUACACAAGGUUCAGAUACCAUCUACCCUGGAGAUUACAUUCGCUUUUAUGUUGUCCUGUAUAACGGAUAUGGAAAACCAAUGAUCACUGGAGGAGAUCAUUUACGGGCACGUUUAUUUAACGAAUCCCUGAAAGCAUAUAUACCUGGCAUUAUUUUGGACCACGAAAAUGGAACAUACACUGUAACUUUUCAAGUAUUUUGGAUCGGAAAGGCUAAACUGGAAGUAGAAGUAUUAUAUACAAAAGAAAUUAUAGCUACUGUCAUUCGUUUAAAGAGAUUUUGGGACUUCUCUGACAUCUUUGCGACAUUUUCGUUUAUGGAUCAUAAAGAUAAAACACGAUGUGGUCCAAAUUACGAAACAGUUGUAAGAUCUUCUAGUACAUACAAAGUUUGCAACUUCUCCUAUUGGCACAAAUCAAUGCGAUGGUUUUGUGCAAGGCCUAAUGGAAUACUUCUGUGUAAGCAUUGGGUGUCUAUAUAUCGUAAUUGGGAAAAUUUUACAAAUGGAAUCAACGAAUGUGAAGAUGAGCUGAGCAAAAGAGACCAAACAACAAUACCUUCAAACAUCACUAUACAAAUAUUGCCACACACGACCAAAGGUAAACGCAAAAUCAUGCUUGGAGAACAUUACAAACCAUGUGUAAGAUACAAUACUUCAGAGUUAUGGUUCAAAGAUAACCCUACAGGAUAUUUCUAUCAUGAUUAGUGGAUUCUUGUGCAUUGUAAAGGUAUUCGGCGAUUUGAUGAAGAGUGUUUGAGGAAUAAAACUCUCAUAUUGUGGGGUGACUCUACUCUCUAUCAGUGGUAUCGCUAUCUAAAAUCAAAACUAGAAGUUAUCAGCACAUUUACAUGUAACGUUCCAAUUGAUGGAGCCCACAUAUGGUAUCAAACAAACACGUGCUAUUAUCACAAAUACAAUAUAACAUUAUAUUUUACGGGACAUAAUAUUCCAGUAACACCUGUUGAUAUGGAUAAUCUUUAUGAGUUUUACACAACUAACAUAUUCGAUAAAAUUAUACGACUUAUAUUAGGAAAAGAAUUACUGCUGGUGAUACAUUUAUUUGCUCACUUUCAAACUUAUAAUUUUGAUUUUUAUGCUACACACAUUUCAAACAUAAAAAACAGUUUAAAACGGUUGUUUGAAUUAGACUUCAGAAUUAAAGUGUUUAUUAAAUUACCACAUACUUACCGCCGAUUAAAACAGUACAAGUGGAUGUUACACCAAAAUGAUUUUGUCGGUUUUAUUUAUACAGAUAUUAUACGUAUACUAUUUGAAAGAUUAUAUGAAAAAGUUAUUGUAUUAGAUCAAAAGGACGCGACUAUUUCAAAACGGAGUUUUGAUUUGCAUCCGUCGAUAGUUAUUGUCGAGGAAAUGGUACUAGAGUUAUUAAGUUAUAUUUGCAAGAGUGAUGGAUGACAAUUGUGUGAUGGUAACAAAGUGGCAAAAGGAAAAUGAUAUUAACAUAUGUCACAUAUCAGUAUAUUGCAAAGUAUUUAAUUGAACUAUCUAUAAGGUUCAUUCUGUCUGUCUGCUUGUGUUUGUUCAACUUUAUUCUAUAUUUGCUACAAAUAUUUAAAGGGUGAGUCAAUAUGCUUAAAAGAUUAUAAAUAUACUUUAUUAUGAAACAAAUUGUUCACGAUUUUCCAUUUCAACUCUUCCUUAUAAUCUCCUCAUUCAGAAAAACAAAGGUGAGGAAGGUUAAUCCAAUUUUAAAAUGAUUCAGCAUAGUUUCACUAGUUGGCAGGCGGGCUUUCUGCUCAAUAACUUGAGUUUGCCUUGGCCUAUUGAUGCCAAACUUUGUAUAAAACACACUACGCAAUGUGUGGGUAGCUUAUAUCAAGAGGCAGCUUGGAAUUGCUACCCAGUGAGGAUUAAUGUCAAGGUCACUUUUUUCUUCAAUGCGAUAUUUCAUUCCUUAUUCGUGUCACAUCAACAUGGUCGUAGAAACCUGAUUUCGUCGCAUUGGAGCCCUUGUUCAUUUAUUUUAAUCCUUUUUUACCAUGUACAAAUAUAAUAAAAAUUCAAACAAAUACUAAGGGCCAAAAUCAAAUGAUAUUUAUAAAAGACAUAGUUUAUGAAAGCACUAUCACAUAUAAAUAGACUAUCUAUUUUACAUGUUCAUUUUCUGUCAUGUAAAUGUGUCUAGAUUCUGUCAUGUAAAUGUAAAUGUGGCUAGAUUCUGUCAUUUAAACGUGGUUAAAUUCUGUCGUGUAACAAUGGCUAUAAAUGAUAGCAUUUAUGCAUGGAUAAUAUACUGAUAGUAUAUACCUUGUUUGUUGUAAUUUGCUUAUAUAGUAUCUAUUUUGUUAUAACUUUUGUGUGACGUGAGG